CGGGCUGGAGCAUGAGCAGCUGAGUGAACGCCCAGUGUUCAGUGAAGACAGACGCCUCCUUACAGCAGGUGAAUGGCGCGGUGUCGCUGGCGCAGAGUGCUGCUCUGUUUGUGCAUGCCAUGCUGCUUCCUGGUCUUCCUCUACAUCUCCCUGGGAGUCUUGAUAGUUAUGAACAUGACUUCCACGGCAAUACAACCUGCCAUUAAGCCAAGUCCAAGUUAUUUUAUAGCUCCAGUCUCUUCAGGUAAUGCCAGCGUUGCUCAUGUCCCCAAAACCUUCUGGGAACAACACGUUCAUGAUGACGCCUUUUGGAACAAGCUCCAGAGAUCCGUUGACCACCACUUUAACCACAUUCUAUACCCCAACAUGGCCAAGAAGGCGUCAGACAGAAGCAACUUUAGCGACUACUUGCUGAAGGAAACCUUCUCAAAGAUCAUGAGCACAGAAAUAAUGAAGAACUUGGAAAAGCUACCAAUGGACAUACAAGACUUUAUCACCAACAUGCAAAGGAGGGACUACCCUGUGCUCAUCCAACCACGCGGAGUAUGUGGAGUUCGGGGAACGAAUGAGAGGGAGCCCCCUCUCAUUCUCUUGGCCAUCAAGUCAACAGAACUGAACUAUAAGAACCGGAAAGCCAUUCGAGAGACUUGGGGUCGGGCGGGAUGGGUCCAGGGACAGAAAGUCAACAGCAGCAACAAAGAGCUAGUUGGAGGAUACGUUCGAAGAGUGUUCCUGCUUGGCAAAGAAAGUUCAGCAGAUAUGGAUGUGGAUAUAUCCGAUGUCCUGAGGAUGGAGAGUCAACGGCAUGGAGACAUUCUGCAGUGGGACUUUAAGGACACAUUUUUCAACAUCACUUUGAAGGAUGUGCUCUUCUGGAGCUGGUUCGCCCACCACUGUGAUCAGGCUCGCUUCAUCCUGAAGGGAGACGACGAUGUCUUUGUCAACACCCCAAAGCUGAUUGCCUACCUCCACCAUCAGUUUAAAAAGCCAGAAGUCAGCAACAGCAUGGAAGACUUCAUGAUGGGAGAAGUUAUCAUGGCUGCCCAACCUAAUCGAGACAAAAGGUCCAAGUACUUUAUCCCACCCGGCUUCUACAAGGGGUUCUAUCCUAUGUACGCAGGCGGGGGAGGGGUGGUGUACUCGGGCCUGCUGGCAAGGCGUUUACUGAACAUAUCUAGAACAGUUCACCUGUUCCCCAUCGACGAUGUCUAUGUAGGAAUGUGCAUGGUUCUGCUCAAUGCCCACCCCCUGCACCACCCUGCCUUCCUCACCUUCGACCGAUCUGAGCAGGAAGAGGAUGAGCUGUGUUCGUACCACACCAUCCUGUUGGUCCACAAGCGAAGCCCAAAACAGUUGGUGCGACUGUGGGCCCACAUAAAAAAGACACAAGAACAAUGUCAGGACGUUCCACUAAGAGACACGAAGAAAACGGUGGCAGCCUCUGCUAACUGAGCUGUGGAGAAGUUAGAGCAGCGUGUGAACACACUGCCUCGGUCGUGACUCAGACGUCACGUCCACCGACAUGAUGGCAGCGUGCCGAACGCACACAAACCUACAAACUGUAUUAGCGAAGGAC